AUGGGAAGAAGAAUGCUGCUGUGUGUCUAUUUGCUCAUCUUCGUCAUUUUCCAAGAGGCGUCUGGCUUGAAGAUUCAGAACAAGCUGCUGGUGAAAUGUCUGCAGGUGCAGAGAGGAACUUUGGGAGGCAGAGUGUCUCUGGGUGAUUGCAGACCAGAUUCAGCCUUACAGGAAUGGCGUUGGCUCCCGGAGAGCCAGGCUCUCAGCAAUCACCACACCGGGGAGUGUCUGACUGCACCGGGAGAGCAGUAUGAAGGUGUCCACCUGCAGCCUUGCAUCUUUAGGCCAGAAAGUGACAAGAAUGAUGCCGGGGUGGCAGCGGUGGAUAAAGGCAGAGAGGCAAGCAGCCAGGCAUGGUCCUGUUCCAAGAAAGGCCACCUCACCUUGGUAGGGAGGGGGCUGCACCUCAGUGCAACACAAGAAUCCACUUUGGUCUUCCUUUUGAGGGAAUAUAAGCAGCCUGGCAGCAGGUGGCGGGCACUUGACAACCAAACACUGUGCAACGGGAGAAACAACCAACACCAACCUCACCACAAUCUGGGGAAAUCGUUGGAAGCUAGGACAAGUUCCAUCUCUGACAAUAAGGGUGAACCAUUAGAAGGUAUGCUGGCAGUUGAAGUCACAGAAACAUAUCCUGUGAUGGAUGUGCCUCUUUCAUCCCAGAGCACCAAGUCCCCUGCAGAUCCCACCAUGGUUUUCUUCAGUAUAGACUAUGGAAUGGGCUGGAAAAUAACCAUGCUGGUACUAAGCUCUUUGGCUCUGGUCCUGGGCACUGUGAUUCUCAUCCUCAAUGUUUACUCCAACAGGAGGAAGAAGGUGGUGUGUGUUUUGAAGUCGUACACUCCGAGGCCUGAGGUGAGUGUUCCUGGGUCCCCGGUGCCCAGUGAAAGAGCCCCGCUGACAGAGCAUGCCAUGCGCCUCCCGCACUCCUCCCCCUCUUUACAACGAGGGGAAAUCCUGAUUGAGUGGAAGGACGGAACUGUUACUCCACUUUACGAGGCCUGAAGGUCGUUCUGUUAAGGCAUUUCUGGACAUGCCAUGGUUGUUUGUCCCAGGUUAAAGUAUGUGUGUGUCUUCUGAAUGUAUCUGAAGGG